CUCCAGGCCGAGGCGGAAAAAUGGCGCUGGUCUUCUGGGGCGCUCAGCGGCUGGCCGGGCGGGCCGCCCGCCUCGUCCUUCUCCCGGGGCGGACUUCUCGAAUGCUUUGCACAGUGACUCAGGAGAAAAGUACGGGGCCAAACUUGGAGGAGGAGCCAAAUCACCAACAAAAUGAACAGAAAUCUGACUCGGACUCUGCUUCAAAGUUAUUAAUAGAAGAAAAGACUAAACUGGAAGAGCAACUAAAAGAAAUGACUGACAAGUAUAAGCGUGCUCUGGCAGAUGCAGAAAAUCUGCGACAAAGAACUCAGAAACUGGUAGAAGAAGCAAAGUUAUAUGGAAUUCAGAGUUUCUGUAAAGACUUGUUAGAAGUUGCUGAUGUUCUGGAGAAAGCAACAGAGAGUGUUCCUAAAGAGGAGCUCAAGGAUGAAAACCCUCAUCUGAAAAACCUCUACGAAGGCCUUGCCAUGACAGAACUUCAAAUACAGAAAGUAUUUGGAAAACAUGGCUUGGUGAAACUGAAUCCUCUUGGAGCCAAGUUUGAUCCUUAUGAACACGAAGCAUUGUUCCAUGUUCCUAUGGAAGGGAAGGAGCCUGGCACGAUUGCUUUAGUAUCCAAGGUUGGCUAUAAAUUGCAUGGCCGUACACUGAGGCCUGCCUUAGUAGGUGUGGUGAAAGAACCAUAGAACUGUAGGAGUUUAAUCUGAAAGAACAGAAGUGAUGCAAAGUAUUAGAUACCUGGAUAACAGUCCACUUCACAUAGUGAUGAUGCAACAACUGAGGCAGGACCUUAAGCCAACUCUGGGUGGGACAGCAGUAAGCAACAUGGAAAUUGGUUCAGACUGUAUACGGAUAAUGCAGAGGGAUUACUAUGUGAAUUUUUCAAACUAUAUAAACUUCCAUUAUCUGUAUAUUCUGAUAUUAUGCUGAUUAAAGAACCCUGCAUUGUAACAAAGUAGUUUCAUAACAAAAUGAAUGCAGCACUGUUGAUUAUUGUCUAGAACGAAAGCCUCUGAACUCUUUCAUAUUUCCACAAUGGGAUCUUUUGGAAUCCUGCUUUUGCAUAUUGAUUUGGGGCUUGGUACCAGUUUAGUGAACUUAACAAGUGCUUUUGUUCUCAUGGGAAGUAUCUGACAAUUUUAUGGCACUAAACAAAAAGUGCUUAAAAACCUUUUGUCUCUUCCAGAUUUAGUUUUAGUAUUAUACAAAUUUCAAAUUGCUGGAUUAAUUAUUGAAGGUCAUAGUUUAGGCAUAUUCAGUAUUGUUUGAACAAUCUUAUUUGUGGUCCUUUCUCUGCCUCUCCCCUCAUUUUGCUGCUUAACAAAGUGAGACCAUUCCUUCCUCUUCUGCAGUUGGCCUCUUGCUUGUUUAUACUUCCAGCUUAUAUUCAUAGCAAGGCUUUUUUCUGUACUGCAUGUGAGGACUUGUAGCAGAGAACAGUAGUUUAUAGGAUCAAGUUGUAACACAUUAAUAUUUGGAGGUGUAAGUACUUCAGAUUUAUACCUUGAAUGCUAACUGGCAAACAUAAGAAGGGAUAAUUGGCACUAAGAAGCAAGUGUAGUAAGUGAUAAUUAUAAAUUAAAAGUAUGACAUCUCUACAGUCCAUUAGCCCUAGUACUUCAAAAUGGCAAAGAGAA